UUGGUGCCAAAUUGACGACGUGGUUCGCAAAGAGUAUUUAUUUUCCGGCUUCUUUUCAAUCACUGCAAACAAAUCAACAAAAGAACUGUGUUCCGUGCAAAAGAAACGAGAGGGCAUCAAUAUCAAGAUGGCUGGACAGGUCAUUCAUCUCGCCAGUGCUGUUUGUCUAUCCAUCUUAUCUGUUACCACAGUUUCAAGCAACCUACUUCUUCUUAUUGCUGUUUGGAAAGAUCCGCUUAAAUGUUUUAGCUCUCCAACGACGAGUUUCAUUGUAGGUAUAAGUUUAGCGGACCUUGUCACUGCUCUUACAACGGAACCGUUCUUCGCGGCGUAUUACUAUGUGGUGUACACUGAGGGAAGGGACGCAGUCAAUGGUGUCUUACAAACGCUCUUUACGGCAGGAAGCAACAUAUCCUCUGUGGCUAUCUGUUAUUCUUUUUUGAUCGUGUUGGCUUUGUCCUGGGCUCAGUACAUAGCCAUAAAAUGUCCGCACAGUUUUAAAAAAGUCGUCACCAGGAGAAACGCCAUUAUAUUCAACAUGCUCAGUUUGUUUUACUUGUUGUCUUUCAUGAGUCUUCAAUUUGUGGGAAUCAUGGAUCAAUUCACUUUUUUAAAACUCAGUCUAGCCCUAAACACUUCUUUCCUAUCUAUUAACUUGAUGGUGAUUCUGUUUUUAUUAAACGCAGCUUUCCGACGCCAUUUGAAGAGAAAACGCGCUUUUGAACAGCACGAGGAAAGCUCUUCGCCGCGAAGCAGUCGAAAAACCCGCCGCGAAAAUCUACAGCAGCAAUUUACAGCAGUGGCGAUGUAUUUAGCUGCUAUUUUGCUCUUAUCCGCGCUGCCACAUGUCAUUACAGCUCAAAUAUUCCUUUAUCUAUCAGACGAGCUUUCUCCUCAGGCCAAUGAAAACAUUCAGAUUGCUCUCGAAAUCUCCGAUCUGUUGUUGUUUGUAAAAGUGUGCCUGGACGCGUUUGUCUACGCAUGGCGCCUACCAACAUAUCGUCGAACGAUGAGAAUGCUUUUUUUUCGGCGGGCAAAGGAAAGGAACGGGUACAUCAACGGGAGACACGCCAACCGUUUUACAGAAGUUUCGCUUUCGCCGCAGUAAAGGUGUCCGCAGUUAAUGGGUAACCUUGACUAAUGUCAUUUUGCGAAAUGACUCAAACCUUUAAUACAGUUACUUAUAGUUGAGCUUUUUCAAAAGAUUAUUGAUUGGAAACUGAUCUCAUCAAUGGUUCAAGAGGAUUCAGGAACAUUUCUACUGUUGAAAAGCAGGCUGUAGUUCUGUUUUUUUGGGGGACCGCAAGUUAAUAUUUUCAGUUGAUAAUUGUUUUAAAAAAUGUAUUGAAUUUCUGAAGAAGUCAUUAGUUGUAACAAGUAUUUGUCCGCUUUGUUGUUUAGACAGUUUGACACCUUUACUUCAAAUACAAUUUAUUGCCACUUUUUUACCAAAGUCUGUACAUGUGGAAUAAAAGCCAGUGGUCAGUGAUUAAUUAGUGACAGAUCUGUUGUACCUAAGAAAGUUUACAUUUUACUACAAAAGAGAAUGUUUAUUAUUUAGGUCACGCCCGUAGCUCUCCACAUCUUUGUAGUGAUUAAAAAAAGAUUAAAAAAAAAAAG